AUAAUUAGUAUGGAAGCCUUUGAACAUAGGUAUGAACCACAAGAAAGAAAACAAGUUAUGAUCUAAUGUGAAGACUUGAGUCAUAAAGAUGAAAUAGUCCAAUAUAUAUUGUUAAAGCCUAAAACAGAUGCUAGAUCAAGACUUCUUUGCAGAAAGUGCAUUGAGGGGAAGUUUAAUUAGUAAACCAAUGAAAUUUGUCUUAUAUCUGAAGUAAGCCUACUUAAUAUUUUAGGUUCUGGAUGACCCUUACAAAGUGUUAAAGUAUACAAAUUAUUAAGGGAAUGUUAUUUAAAUAUUGAGUGAUUUUAUUCAUUCUUACGAUUUCUCGUUUGACGCUGACGCAAUUCGCUAUGUAAUUUAUAGUUUAACAUUGAUAGAAAAUUGAUGAAAUCAGAUAAAGAUUUUUAUACCAUCUUUCUGAAUUAGAAAGUAAAUUGAUAGAAAAAAAUGAAGUAUUUUUAGGCACUAAGGAUUUUAUGGAUAAACUUAAAGCCAGAUUUAAUUAAGUAUGAAGUUGCAAAAAUAAUAAUAGUACUUUGACAUUAGUAAGCUUGAAGAAAGUUUGACUUAGGCAGGAAUGAAGUAUGGCAAUAUUACAACAAAAGAUAAGUAGAAAUUGAGAAAGGAUGUUAAUGACUAUGUGGCUUAAAUACAGAAGUUGAAUUAGGAUUCAGCUGACUAGGAAAUAUAUAAGACUUUAUUCAAUGCAAUAGAUGAUAGCAAAAAGAAGUUAGCUGAAAAGGAAUCAUAAUUAAAGUAUGAUGUAUUGAUAAAAUUAAGACUCUAAAAAGAAAAAUUGGAUAAAGGAGUGGAGAAAAUACUAAAGGAACUUUAGAAUAUGGAAUAGACGUAUAGCACACUCAAUUUGAGAUAGUCUGAAUUAAGUACUACUUAUAUGGAUGAAUUUUUGGCAAGGAAGAAUCCUGUUUUCCAGUAACGAAACAACUUUAUGGACAAGAUCAAAAGGAUCUACUAAUCGAAAUAUGACGGAUUGGAUGCUAAUAAAGUGCAUGAGAAAAUCAUUUAAUUGGGCUAGUGGAAUAACUAGACCCUGCUGUUUUUAUUCUAGACUUCUUCUUAAUAAGUAUUUGGAGUAUACGUUUCUUAAAACUCUUCAGAAAUAUUUCAUUAAAAUAAGAGAUAGGAAUUCCCAAUAAAGGCAGGAGUCAGUCCUAUUACUUUGAAUUACAGCAACAAUUAGAAUGAAGUAUUGAUGACGUUUGGUAACGGUGAUAUAAUAAUUAAACCUUAAUUUAAUGGAUGCAUUUCUGAAUUGGGAGAAGGGUUUUCAGCAAGUCCAGAAUAUAGAAUUGGGGACUUGAAGAGUUAUCUGGCCAAUUAACACUGUUUCGACAUUGUUGAGAUGGAAAUCUUUUAAAUAUUGAAAUGAAAACAAUAUUCAUUUUUAAAACAUAUAUAUAUAU